CUCCGUGUUCCGUUUAUCUGCACCGUGAUAUCUGCCUUGACAUGUAGUGGGCGUACAUCGCGCGGCGACACGAGUCGACGACGUACAUCGUGGCAUCUGUCAGACAAGAUGCGAAUACCAACGCGAGCGGCGCCUCGUCCCCCUGGCCAAAGUGCGACGCAGAGAGAUCCGAUCUGGAGCAGCAGUAAUGACAUUUUUGGAAGUAGCCUGAUGACGCAAUCUGUACAAAAGAAAAAGCCACCUCCUCGACCUCCACCUCCGAAAUUUAAUCAGAAUCAUAUACAGUAUCAGAAGGAUCAGAAAUCAAGGAGGCCGGCCAGACCAACAGAGCUACUGACUAAUUUCUUUGGACGAAAGAAGCAAGAGAAUCUUCCUUUAUCACGUCCUACCUGUCAAUUGCAGAAUCCGAUAUUACAAUCCACAAACUCUAUCGCAACGGUAUCUUUGAUAGAUCUGAGUCCACCUGGAUCACCAACAUUCACAACUCGUUCUAGUGAUGGGGUCAGCAUCGACAGUUUUGGUAGUGAUGGAAAUUCCAAUCCAUCUGUGUUCACGAGUAGUGGAAACACAUCGCAAACAGAAAGUGCCUUUGAAGAUGAUUUUGAUUUUUUUGGUAUGUCCACCAAGAAAAUAGCGCAAAAUGAUCCAUGGCAAAAUAAGACAACACUGCAGGAUCCGUUUGGACCUCUGGAAGAAACAUGCUCGAAUGUGCCUCAAGGCGCUGGUGGCACGUGCCUCUUUCCUCCUAAUUCCAACAAUCGUGUAGCGAAUAGUGUGCCUUCCAAUCUGACUGCUUCUAAACCUUUCGUCACGUCGAUGCCUACGAUAAUCCGAGCAAGACCUCCUAAGCCUCCAGCGCCAAGGAUACCAUUUAAAAUGCUUGAACCAAUACCUAAGGAAGCAUGUACCGAUUUUAAAAUUUCAAACAGUAUGGUUUCAAGCAGUAUGAUGAAUAAAUCAUUGGCGAUAGGUUUUUCUAACGCCUGGUCCAAUGACUACAAAGAAAGUAAUAGUCCAUCACCACCCAUGCCUACGAUUCCGCCACCAGCACCACCUGCGGAUUAUUUGGCAGAAUUGAACGGCGAGCUUAGCAAAGAUCUCGAAACUAAACCUUAUGGUAUUGCGUUGUAUGACUUCCCAGCAACGCAUCCAGAUGACUUAGCUUUAAAAGAGGGCGAUAUUGUGCAAUUAAUAAAAAAGAUCAACGAUGAUUGGUUGGAAGGAAGAAUAGGAAAUCAUCAAGGAAUCUUUCCAUUUAAUUUCAUUGACAUUAAAAUACCUCUGCCAGGUUUAUCGGACAACAUAGUUACAGCACUUUAUACUUUUGUAGGAGAAACCAGUGACGACUUGUCGUUUGAAGAGGGUGCAAAAAUUACAGUCAUAUCGAGGAUAUCAGAGGAUUGGUUGUAUGGUGAGUACAAUGAUAGAAAGGGACAAUUUCCAGCAAAUUAUGUUAAUAGACUUCCGCAUAAUAUCUAAAUAUAUUCUCAAUAUUUAUAAUAUAUAAAUAUAUUCUCAAUAUUUUGUAUUAAAUCUAUUAACAGUUUACUGUUUUACGAGAUUCUGAAAACCUCCGUAUUGCAAACAUUAUUUAGGAUUAUCAAUUGUAUCUUUAUAAAUCAAUAUUAAGGAUAAUGGAAAAAAGGAAGUGUAAAAUUGAUUUUUUUAUGAUCGUGUACAAAUUACUUACAAAAAAAUGCAAAUUUGAAAAAAUUUUAUCAACGGAAAGACUGAAUUACACAUACGAUUUUUAUUGUAUUUCAAUAAAAAUAAUCAUUGAAAGUAUAAUCGCGAUACAUUAUAUUUAGAAAUUAGAAAAUAACAGUUUCUGCGAUAUAUUGAUAAAAUAUGUACAAUUCGUUUAGUCUUUCUAAAAGUUUUGCACCUUAUACUGUUUGCAAUAUUUUAUAAAGAUUACUAUUGAAGCAAAUCACAUAUAAAGUUUCUAUGUUUCUUAUUUUUGAGACUUUAUAUGAAUCUGUAUUGAGAAUUUUUUCACCAAAUCUUUUUCAUAUAUGUGCCUUAUCUCUGUUUUUAAUUGUACAAGAAGUCAAAAACAUCUAUUUUUCAUUUUCUUAUUACACAUAUAUUUUGUACGAGAUUGUUUAAGGUUUUCUCUAUACUGUGUAUCUGAUUUUCAAGAAUUUAUAUAUUUUAGUUUAUUUCAAAAUCAUUUUAAAUAUCUUAAAAAAUUUUCUGAGAAUUUUUUACUUAUGAAGACAUCUUUGUAAGAAUAUAUUUGAAAGUUUAGUUUCUGAUGUAUACAAAAGAUAAUCAUUUAAAAUUAACACAUUAAUUUCGUAUAAGGCAUAAAAUGGCUGAUCUGUCAAGGUUUAUAAAUGAUUGUAAUGAAUAAUCCAUUUUAGUUUAAACGUUUGCUUCCAGUGUGUUAAUUGAAGAGUUCAUUUUUGAUAGUCAGUUUUAUAAACAACCAAAUAAAAAAUAAUAUACUUUAUUAAAGUUUAUUAUAUUCUAGAAUAUAUUUUAGCCAAAUUUAGCAUGCAAAUACAGAGUUAUAACUUUUGUGUUGUACAUAUUAUUUGAAUUUAAUAUGUCUGAAGGUAGAACAUUAUUCUAUCUUCCUAUUUAUGCGCUCUAUAUAUAUAAAUUUCAUUUUAAGAAUAAUUUAUAAAUGAUAAAAAUGGUUAUCCCUGUAUAAAUAAAUAUGUUUUAUAUUUAUAUUGUCACAUUUAUCAUGUAUUUUGAAUUAAUUUAGAAUUUAUUUCAGUUGAGUUACCAACAAAAAAAAACAUAAUUGAUAAUACAGUUAUAAAUAUAUAUUACAUGAGUGCAUAAUGUGGAAUAAAGACACAUAGCUUAGGUAACUAUUCAUUUAGCCUAUCUUUAAGAUGAAUAAACUCUUUAUGUAUGUUUAAUUAUAUCUAUAUGUGAAUUGUGUGUAAUUGUGUGUACAUGCGACAAAAUUGAUUCGGUAGGGCGCAUUGAAAUAUAUUAGGAUAUUACAUUUUAUGUGCAGAAAUUUGUCAAGUCACUGGCUAAAUUUUAUAAAGAAAAUCAAAAUUAUUAAUUCUCUAUAUCCUACCGAGAAAAAUGUAAAUCUUAAUUGUAUAUAUUAAUUUAUCCGAAAAAUUCUCAUUAGUACAGUAUUAGCAUAUUUUUUCUAGUUACAUCAAAGGUCUGCAUUGGGACCAGGAUCUUAGCAUAUAAGAUGAGAUUAGAAAAGGCGAGUGAUAAUAGCAAAAUUGAUAGUUAUAUUUAAAAUGUAAUAACAAAUCUUUACCAUGUAAUUAAAAUACUAAUUAAUUCUUAAAAACUAUGCUGUUCUGCAAGGAAUGCCUAAUAUGCAAUGUGAUAUUUUGCGAUGUUUAAUGUAUAAACAUUUCACAUAUGUGUAUGCAAAAUAAACUAGAGAAAAUAAAUAAA